AUGACCACUGCCCAGCGUGUGCGCACUCGCGAAAUGGUCUCUUCCGCGCAAAUCCUCGAUCGCAUGCCCCUCCAAAGCGCCCCCUCUGUCGUGUCGCGACCCUCGCAAUCGGCUCGCCGACAUCAUCGUUCGGGGCGCUCGCAUCAUGGCGGCUCCACGCAGUCCUCCUCGAACGAUUUCCCGAUCUUCACCUAUACCGGCGACACCGAGGUCGUGAUUCGCGCCGGCGCGCAGGAACGCCGCUAUCUUCUCCACCGUCUGAUUCUGGCACAAUGUUCGGGGUUCUUCGAGGCAAGCACAAAUGAGGACUGGUCGGGUCAGACUUCGCCGCCGCCGGCCCCGACAAAGGUAGAUGGGUCGUUGUCGCGCGUGAGCGAGGAGUCCUUGUCGAAUGGGUCGACCUUGGUCCAGGGAGAUCACGGCAAGGUGACGGCGCGUGGGGGUGACAAGCGGCGGUGGAGAUAUGAGCUCGAUUGGGAGACUCGUGGGGAGGAUGAGGAGCCGAUUCUGGUUCAAAAGCAACCCUCAUACGCUCCAAUGUUUGGCGGCGAUCAACCCGCAUUCUCUCCAACUUCGACAAAACCGUCGAACGCACAGGCAGGGUACUUCCGGUCUAUGGCGAACCUGGCCGGAAUGCAAUCCGUGGUGCACCUACCACAGACCGGCAACAUUGACCACAGCUCCGUGGAUCCAUUGAUACGCGACUACGAUAACCUCUUCCGGUUAUUCUACAAUCAUGCACCGGUCCUAAACAGCGUCAACAUUGCCUCGGCCUACACAGAAUGCAAGUCUCUCCUCGCCUUGGCAGACAUGUAUGACGCACUCCCCGUGACAGGCCCGCGAGUCGACCACCAUUUGCUGGGAUUCGGCUCACGCCUGUUCAAGCAAAUCGCCAAGUACCCACCCAGUUACCUUAAACUAGGAUAUCUGGCCCGUAGCCGGGUCAUUUUCUCGGAGGCCUUGAUCCACGUCGUGGGACAAUGGCCCGCAGCCCUACCAAACCUGCGCAACGGCUCCUACGCCCCCUUACCCAACUCCGUGCUAGAUCUGAUUGAGGACAAAUAUGAGGAUCUCGAGGACCUCAAGGCCCGCGUCGAGUCCAAGCUCUUCCGUCUUUCACUAACAACCUCCCGCGGCGAACGUGUUGGACCGUCAAACGCAUACCUGGACUGGCUCACCGUCUCACUUUUUCGCCAAUGGCUUAUUGAAAACACAACUCCCCCACCCGCCCCAAUUCUAAAGAACCCCUCUAGCUCCUCUGGUGCUGCACCCCCACCACCCAUCGGCGCAGGCUCCCAAACAACCUCCACCAAACCUACCGCCCCGCCAGACCCAACCGCCCGCGUAUACCGAUUGAUCGGGUCCUCGUCAUCACAGGCAUACCUCGCCCACGACGAAGUCAAACGCUUCCUCAAACUCCACCCAACACCAUCCUCCGACGCGCUGUACACGCGUGACACCCUGAAACGCUUCGAGCGCAAGAUGGAUGAGAUCAAGCGGCUGGCCCGCGAGAUCGUCAAACCGUUGAUGCGGAACUUCCUCGAGCUAGAGUUGAAGAGCGGCGCAGAGCAGGCUAGCAGUGCCGCCGGCUCUCACGAGAGUAGUCCAUCCACCGGACUCCCAUAUCUAACCUGCACCCGCGUAGAAGAGGCCGAUCUACCUUGGGACAUUUGA